UGAGCCUCCCUUGUUUAAUAAAUGGAAGUUAGGUGUGCGAAUCACAUGAAAGUGAGCACAAGUUGCCACGAGACCGUUUGGACAUGCAAGUCAGAUAAUUCCCAAUUGUCAGCGUGGCACGUGGCAAUUAGUAAUAUGGCAUGGCCAUGGUUUCACGGAAAUCCCAAUCCAUCUUGAAAGGGAAGAAAUGCAAAAAAAUCCCAUUAAUGCUUCCAUCCAAUCGUGUAUAAAUGUAAGCACAAGAACUCCAUUCACCAUUGUAGUGCUUCCUUCAUCUGAGUUUUCCAUUUCAUGGGUUGGUCUCCUGAAUUGGCUAUGAAAGCCUAUCUCCACGCUCUCAAGCUGUUUAAGGAUUACUACAGCCAGGACUGCACCAUCGAGAGCUUGCGACUCAUCGAACCCAAGUGCAUGGAGUACAUUUCAGCCUUGGCAGCGGGCAAUCAAGCUCACCUGAUGGUGGAGAUUGCCUCUAGAGGCAUCUCUCCGAUGACGAUCGCACUAGCGGUGGCCGCAAAGCACACGGGUGGCCAACUUAUCUGCAUUCUUCACAAGCAAGAAGUCCUCCAUGAGACGACGACCCAAAUCGCAGUCUGCGACCUCGAAGAUGUCGUAGAGAUUGUGGUUGGUGACCCAUGUGAAGUGAUCAAGCAUUAUAAGAACAUCGAUUUCGCUAUCAUAGAUUGUAGAAUGGAUGAGUAUUUGAAAUUGUUCAAGACCAUUGAUAUGAACCCAAGUGGGUCAGUUGUGGUGGUGAACAAUCUCUUCCAUAGAAAAAUUAAACCAUCAUAUGCCCAAGUUGUUAAAGGGAGGGUUGGGAUUGAGUCUGUGACCCUACCCAUUGGUGAAGGAAUGGAAGUGACAAAAAUAGGAUGGAGUUGUAAACAUGAGAAUAGAGCAUCCAAGAGAAGUCAUGUAAAGGUUGAAGGGAUUGUGUAAUGGACUGUUCAUAUUGGCAAUGUACCUGAAAUAUGAAUACUUUAGACCCA